AUGGAAUCCAGCUCUGCUUCAGCAGGUGAUCACAACAUCAAAGGGGUACCUGCCCACGGUGGACGCUAUGUUCAGUACAAUGUGUACGGUAACUUCUUUGAGGUUUCUAGGAAGUACGUCCCUCCCAUAAGGCCCGUAGGGAGAGGUGCUUAUGGUAUUGUUUGUGCUGCUGUGAAUGCUGAGACUCGUGAGGAGGUUGCCAUUAAGAAGAUUGGUAAUGCAUUUGACAACAGAAUUGAUGCCAAGAGGACUUUACGAGAAAUUAAACUUCUUCGGCACAUGGAUCAUGAAAAUGUUAUUGCCAUCAAAGACAUCAUACGGCCUCCACAGAAGGAGAAUUUCAAUGAUGUCUACAUUGUUUAUGAAUUAAUGGACACUGAUCUUCAUCAGAUUAUACGGUCCAACCAACCUUUGAAUGAUGAUCAUUGUCGGUACUUUCUGUAUCAGUUGUUAAGAGGGCUCAAAUAUGUACAUUCCGCAAAUGUUUUGCAUCGUGAUUUGAAGCCCAGUAAUUUGCUCAUGAAUGCAAAUUGCGACCUUAAGAUUGGAGAUUUUGGCCUUGCAAGGACAACAUCUGAAACUGAUUUCAUGACUGAGUAUGUUGUUACUCGUUGGUACCGAGCACCGGAGUUACUCCUCAAUUGUUCGGAGUACACUGCAGCAAUUGAUAUAUGGUCUGUAGGUUGCAUUCUUGGGGAAAUUAUGACCAGACGGCCCCUGUUCCCUGGCAAAGACUAUGUACAUCAGCUGAGACUCAUAACAGAGCUCCUAGGUUCACCUGAUGACUCCAGCCUUGGAUUUUUACGAAGUGAUAAUGCUCGAAGAUAUGUCCGACAACUACCUCAGUACCCAAAGCAGAGCUUUUCUGUUGGAUUUCCUAAUAUGUCUCCUGGCGCUGUUGAUUUGCUAGAGAAGAUGCUUGUCUUUGACCCUAACAGGCGCAUUACAGUUGACGAGGCUCUUUGCCACCCCUACUUGGCACCUCUUCAUGAUAUCAACGAGGAGCCCAUCUGCCCGAUGCCUUUCAAUUUUGAUUUUGAGCAACCAUCCUUUACAGAAGAGAACAUCAAGGAGCUCAUCUGGAGAGAAUCUGUAAAGUUCAAUCCAGAUCCAAUUCACUGA